UUCUUUUUUUUUUUUUGUAAAAUACAAACUAAAUCUAAUCCUAGGUUGUUUUCGUAACAAGGACUUAGCCAAGGUGAUGACCAGCUUCGUGGUACCGGACUAUGUUACCACCAAAGAGCGAAACCGGACUUGUUUCCUCGAGACAGUGACAACCACAGAACGCAUUAAACUCAAAACUUUUCCGGUCAAAUCAUUGUGUUCUUCCUUGUCGGUGACCUAUCAGAAAGAUCGAAACUUUGCAACGGAGAUCUCGCUGGACACAUAUUACCUCUACCACCACUUCGACAAUCCGAGCCUAAGGUUCAUGUGCUCGACCGCGAAAUCCCCAAACAGUUUCUUGUCAGCGAAGAAAUCUUCUGUGAUCACAUCACAAUGGUCUUGUCGGAGACGUGUCUCUCAAGUUCUAUUCAGAAACGUCUUGUGGCUUAUAUAUAUCUCCAGAUUAGAAGCCACUAAAAAUAGGAGCUAUCGAAGAGGUUUCAUGAUCGAAGUCGAGAUCAAAGUUGAAAGUGGAUAAUCUGGUGAGCAUUGGAAGUGGCUGCAAUGGUUUAGAAGCUUGUCCGUGGCGAGAGCGAGUUACCGGUACGGAUUGUCCGAAAUGCCUGACGGAGUAUCCGGUGCGGUGUGUCGCAUGGAGUUACGGUGUUCACACGUUUUCCACAAAUCUUGUGUGAUGAAGUGGCUGAAGCAGAACACUUCUUGCCCUAUUUGUCGUGCCGAGGCUAUUGGCGCGAUAGCUUCUAUCUUUUAGCUCUGUAAAAAAACAGUAAACCUGUGUUAGUGCACUUUGUUUAU